AUGUGGACCGCUGAUCCCCAGGCUUUGGAACAGCUAGCCGCCAUCUUCAAGGCGACAUUGUCGUCUCUGAAAGCGGAGCGCUCUUCUGCCAACGAUGCGUUGGCGCUGGCCCGCUUGCAGCCGCAUUUCGAAAACUACUUGUGUGAUCUCUUGGUCCGCGACUUGGGUGUUUCCGCCGACGUGCGGGCUGCAGCAGGUAUCAACUUGAAAAACUGCGUGUUGAAGCAGUCUCUGGCCGACCGCAGCUACCUCUUGGCGACGAUAUUCGCAGGCUUGCGCUCAUCCCACAACAUGGUGCGGAACAUCACCGGAAACGUCAUCACCUCGCUCUUUUCUGCUUGCGGGCCUCUGGGCUGGCCUCAGGCAUUGCCGCUGUUGCUUGACAUCGCAGCGGAUGAGUCUGUCCCGCUUCCUACUCGUGAGGCGGCUGUGUCUGCAUUGGCCAAGAUCUGCGAAGACUCGGGCUCAUCUUUGGACGACGCUCUGUUGGCGGCCUUGGCGCAGCAGCUCCUUCAUGUCACUCAGUCGCCACAGGCCAGUGCGCUGCUCCGCAGUGGGGCCGUCUUGUGUCUCAACCAGUUGGUGCCUUUGAAAUCCUCUCACGCUUUUGUGGAGCAGUACUUGCAAGCAUUGUUCACACUCACGGGCGACCACGAUUCGGGUGUGCGCAAGAACGUGUGUUCGGCGUUUGUGCUGAUCAUGGAAUGUAAGCCGCAAACGUUGGUGCCGCAUAUGGGAGGUGUGGUUCUGUUCUGUGUUCAUCUGAUGCAAGAUGAGAACGAGGAUGUGGCUAUGGAAGCAUGCGAGUUCCUUUUGACGCUUGCCGAUCUGCCUGAAAAGGCCCACAGAGUGCUGUUCCGCCCGCACUUGCAACAGGUUGUGCCUGUGCUUUUGGAAAAGAUGGUCUACUCGGAGGAGCAGAUUUUCUUGAUGCAGAUUCUUGACGAGAAGGACGAUGCACGUGUGGCAGACCGUGAUGAAGAUGUUCGUCCCAAUGCUGUUCGUUCAAAGAAUGCUCAUUCCGUGAGCAAAACCCCAGCAGCAAAGAAAAUCGAACAGGACUCCGAUGCUGAUUCCGACGACGAUGGCGAUUCCGACGACGAUGACGACUCCGAUGACGAGCUUGACCUGUGGAAUUUACGCCGUUGCUCGGCAGCGACUCUCGAUGCCUUGUCUCUAGACUACCCACAGGAGGUGAUCUCGGUUGCUUUGCCUCUUUUGCAAGAGAAGAUUGUUUCGCCCGAAUGGCCCGUGCGUGAAGCAGCAAUUCUUGCCUUUGGCGCCAUUUCCAAGAGCUGCGUUGAUCUUGCCCGUGACAAAUUGCCCACGUUGGUCCCAUUUUUGGUGGAGCGCAUGAAAGACGCCGAAACACGAGUCCGCCUGAUCGCUUGUUGGACUCUCUCUCGGUACGCCACAUGGGUCUGUGCCGAAGCACACGAGGGCGGAACAUACAGCAGCUAUUUCCCACCUACGUUCGAGGCGGUGGUCGGAUUGGCGCUUGACAAGAAGAAAAUCGUCCAGGAAGCUGCGUGCUCGGCAUUGGCGUCUUUUGUCGAGACCGCCGACGUCGAGCUUCUUGAUCGGUAUGUUGGUGCUCUCUUGGCGCACUUUGCGCAAUGUUUUGCUUCGUACCAACGCAAAAACUUGCUUGUUCUUUACGACUGUGUGAACACUUUUGUUGACAAGAUUGGGCCAGAGGUGUUUGGUCGCUCGCCUGAGUACGCCAACACGUUGUUGCCGCCUUUGUUUGCCAAUUGGGAAAGUUUGCAGGAUGACGACACCGACUUGUGGCCGUUGCUCGAAUGUAUGUCGGUAGUGGCUUCAACGAUGGGAGAGGCGUUUGCACCUUAUGCUGUUCCAGUGUACGAGCGAGCAGUCAAGAUCUUGGCCAACGCCAUCCUGCUCAACCAGCAUGUCCACACAGACCCGUUGAUCGAGGCGCCGGAAAAAGAUUUCAUUGUGACCUCGCUCGACUUGAUCGACGGUCUUGUGCAAGGCUUCAAAGCACAUUCUGUUGAGUUGAUGAAACAGCACGGCGCCAACGUCAUGGAGCUUGUGUUGGUGUGUUUUGAGGAUCACGACGAGGACGUUCGCCAGCUGGCGUACGCUUUACUCGGUGACUUGGCCAUUUUCGCCUGUCAUGACAUGGUGCAGCCAUACAUGGAUCGCAUAGUGGUGUGCAUUGGCCAUGAGAUCAACAACCGGUCCUACUCAUCGUACGCGGUGACAAACAACGCCAUUUGGUCUUUUGGCGAGAUUGCCAUCAAGGCCGAUCCAGACAGCAUCAAGCCAUAUGUGGGCAACAUUGUCGGUUUGCUUGUGCCGCUUCUCAAGUCUGCAGACACACAGGAGACGUUGGUGGAGAACGCGGCCAUCUGCUUGGGCCGGCUCGGCUUGGCCGGCGGCUCUCCUGAAAUCGCUGCCCUCUUGCCCGAUUUUGUUUAUUCGUGGUGUGCGCAGAUGAUGUACGUGAUGGAAAACGAAGAGAAAGAAACUGCAUUCCUCGGGUUCCUCAACACGCUCCAGUUGAACCCGGACCAAGGUCUUGGAGGCUUGAACAACCAGCAAGGGCGCAAGAAUUUGGCGGUGCUCGUGAGCUGUAUCGGGAACUACUUUGAGCCUUCCGACAAACUUAAAGAGAUGUUCUACCAGGUGCUUAUGAGUUAUAAGAGCCUUUUGGGCGACGCGUGGGAGACACAAGUGUUGGGACUAGUGGACGCCGACACUAGAGGUUUUCUCCAGACAAGCUACGGAGUUUGA